UUUAUUUCAGUUCUCUCUUGACUGUCUCUAUAACCAGUUGAACCCUCCAAAAUUUUAAAAUAAACUAUGGAUUUAUAUCAUAUUGUGGAUUCUCCCCCUUGUUGGAGUGUUAGAAUAACUGCUGCUGCUCUCAAUGUCAAACUCAACUUGAAGGAAAUGGAUUUACUCGAGAAAAAGAAUCAUCUUUCUCCAGAAUUCACUAAACUUAACCCACAACAAACAGUUCCUACGCUUGUGGUAGAAAAAGACUUUAUAAUGGCAGAAUCGCGUGCAACUAUUGCUUAUCUCGCUGAUAAGUAUGGGAAAGAUGAUUCGUUGUACCCGAAGGAUCUUAAGACCAGAGCAAUCGUCAAUCAGAGAUUAUUUUUUGAUAUCGGGACACUAUAUGACAAAAUCUUGUAUUAUUACUUUGCUAAAUUUUUCAACAAGCAGCCGGAUCCACAAGAUUUGAAAAGAUUUGAAAAGGCUCUUGGCGUCCUGAACACAUUUUUGGAAGGGAACAAUUAUGUUGCAGGAACCAAAACAUUUACGAUCGCUGACAUUUCUCUUUAUUCGUCUUUAAAAUGUGUCACUGUUUUUAAUUUUGAUUUCUCUCCUUAUCCAAACGUAAAGAAAUGGUUGAAGUUGAUGGAUGAAAAAGCACCAGCUAAAGAAGUCAUCACUGAAGGACUCAAAGAAUUAAAAGCACUACUUGAAACGUACAAUGCCUAAGCAUAAAAUACUUUCAAUUGACGAUGCUUUUUAUAAAUAAAUACAAAAAACUGUAAUGUUUCGUAGAUUGAAAAAUAAACAAAUUAACUUUGAAAAUAUA